GCAUAAUAAUAGUACAUACGUCAUUAAACGCGCUGGUUUCGAUAACUGAACCUCGACGGAUUAUCUGGUAAGAAAGAAAUAUAAACAGUAGAACAAUUUCUCAGGAAACAUGAUCAGUGCAUACUAUCUCAGUGUGUAUACAAAUGUAUAUGUCAACAUCGAAUAGUGUUAUUUUUCACACACAUUCCGAUGCGUGUCCAUUGCUCCAUUUAUUUGCGCGACGCUGCAUGAAUGCAUUUGGUCUUGUUGUAGCUUAAGUCCAACUUCAUUCGUUUCGGACGCAUUCAAUUAUUCCUUUGCACAAAUUGUGCUGACAGCUGGUUUAAAUUAUAUCGAGUAGGCUACGCUAUAAUAUCACACGUAAGAACCGUUUCAAUGCUAAUGGCUGGACCUGUGGAUACUAUCUGUAAGUGUACACGGGCCAGGAGUUUUUCCUGACCAAACAAAACAACUGGCAGUCUGGCAGUAUGGGGAGUGUUAAUGUACACCAGUGGCCACCGCUUGGUUGUAAUGAGCUACAGUGCUGGCUUUUGUUCCUGCCCAGCUCUAACUCAACAUAAUGGUUUGAAUCAGGUGUUUUGGUGCUGACUGUAGUUCAACUACCCAGGAUGUCCUUAUUAUUAUUAGACACUGGUCAAAUCAGGACACCUCCAUUUCAAGAUAACUUAAAUAUCAAUGUGGGCAUCCCCAUGAGCACAUGUGUAACACAAACAGUGAGUAUAACCUCUUUAAAUUGCUGUAACUGUCUCACCACUUCUCUCUCCCUGGCCUCUCUGGCAGACAUGUUGCCUGUGUUGGUGGUCCAUGGGGGAGCGGGGCACAUCCCUGAAGAGCGUGCACAGAUGUCUUGUGCUGGGGUCCGGGCUGCAGUCAGGGGGGGCUACUCCAAACUCCAGGGGCAGGGCAGCGCCAUGGACGCUGUGGUGGAGGCAGUCACUCUGCUGGAGAAUGACCCCCACUACAACGCAGGUAAACACACACCCAUGACUAGGGCCUGGAGUCUUUCCUAGCCAGGUCACAUGACCAGAAAAAACCAUCUGGCCUCUGAGAUCAGCAAUAAGGGUCUGAUAAGGUAAAUAGGUCCACCUAUUCAUCUACUUAUAUUUACUUGGUACAUGGUUCUAUGGUAAUAAUUACACAAUAUUAACAAAUGGAAUUACCAAAUAAGUAUUCAUUUACCUUUUACUUUUUGGGGGGUAAAUACCAGUAGACUACCACAAAAUAAAGUGCUACCAGAUUUGACUGUCAAUGACACUAACCUGGAUAAACAAAGGUUGAUAAAGUAUAGAUGAAGACGUUUCUCUGAGUCCUCUUGUAUCUCUGCAUGCAUCAGGACGAGGCUCGGUGUUGAACGCUAAGGGCGAGGUGGAGAUGGAUGCCAUCGUGAUGGACGGGAGAUAUCUGGCCAGCGGAGCUGUCUCUGCGGUCAGGAAAGUGGCCAACCCUGUCCAACUGGCCAGACUGGUCAUGGACAAGGUACUGUUCACGCACACACAGAUUUGCUUAGACAAAGUGUUGAUCAUACAGCAGUUCAGGGUAUUUUAGGUAUUUUAUUAGGAUCCCCAUUAGCUGUUGCAAAAGCAGCAGCUAAUCUUCCUGGGGUCUACACAAAACAUGAAACAUGACAUAAUACAGAACAUUAAUAGACAAGAACAGCUCAAGGACAGAACUACAUCAAUUACAUUUUUUUUUUAAAGACACACGUAGCCUACAUAUCAAUACAUACACACAAACUAUCUAGGUCAAAUAGGGGAGAGGCGUUGUGCCAUGAGAUGUUGCUUUAUCUGUUUUUUGAAACCGGGUUUGCUGUUCAUUUGAGCAAUAUGAGAUGGAAUGGAGUUCUGUGCAUUAAUGGCUCAAUAUAAUACUGUACACUUUCUUGAAUUUGUUCUGGAUUUUGGGACUGUCAAAAGACCCCUGGUGGCAUGUCUGGUGGGGUACGUGUGUGUGUGUAGUUGGUGAAACAGAAGUAAGAACUACAUAGGAACAUAUACAUCAUUAUAUUUUGCAUUGUAAGGGAGGUCGAAGCAGUGCCGUAAAGCGAUACAUUUUAGCGCGAACGCUUCCGCCACGGCGCACUUUCCCACAGCGCUCUCUCACGCGUAAGCAAGUGAGGUACAGUAUAUUCUAUACAUCUUGAACAUUGUUCCCCAUUGAAUGAGCCCCUGUUACCCAUUGCAGACGAGCCAUCUGUGUCUGACUGGGGAGGGUGCCAGUCAGUUUGCCAGGGCAAUGGGUGUACCCGAGGUGCCAGAGGAGUCCCUGAUCACAGAGUAUGCCCGUAUGCGCUGGAAGAAGAACCUGGCAGCUGAUGCCAACCCGGUGGAGUGCCAGAUGUAAGAUAAAGCAUGACAUGAUGUUUCAUACCAUGGAGUUGAAUACAUUAGAUAGAUAAUGAAAUGGAUUGUAACAUGACAUGAUAUAUGAUAGAACACAGCAUGGUAUGAUAAUAUUGCAUGAUAGAUGUUAAUUACAUUUUUAAUUGAAGUGUGUGUGUGUCACAGGGGAAAGAUGGGCACGGUAGGGGCGGUGGCGGUGGAUGCGGAGGGGAACAUAGCCUGUGCCACCUCCACCGGUGGCAUGCUGAACAAGAUGGAGGGCAGAGUGGGGGAUACAGCAUGUAUUGGUGAGACAUCUGAUGUUAUGUCAUAUGAGGUAAACGGAUAAAGAGAUGUGGAGAGGAAGUAGGAGAGAGAAAGAGAGGAGUGGAGGAAGAAAUGAGAAAGAGACCUGCAGCUUUAACAGUGAUCCAAAAGCUGAGUGGCUUUGGUGAACCCUGACCCCUGAGACGUGGAGGAAUGUGUGGUGGUGUGGAGCCACUCACUCAAUACCUGCUGGGUUAAUGUUUCACUAUGGAGAUUAUUACAGCCAGCAGUAUGAACAACACACACUACUACCUCACACUCCUAGACUGCUUCAUAAAGGCACAGAGGCACAUACACAACAUACUGUACACACACAAACACCCACACUCUCAAAUGUGCAUACAUUUACACACAUACACAGAACAGGGGUUAAACAAUCUAUUACUUUACAUGCAUGUAAUUGAAGAAGUGGUAAGUGGAGUCUCAUGAUGAGAAAUGUUCUAAUGUUAAUCAGCGAUGCUGGUAAAUCAAUACACUCAGGUCAACAAUCAAUGAUCAACUAUGCAUUUCACCCAAAUAUCCCCAUUCACUGACAUGCCUUUAGAAGUGAAUCGCUGUCAAGAGUUUCAUAGAUCACUAGUUUACAAAUGUAAGGGCUAGCUGGAAAUGUUCUGAGCCCUCACCUGCUAUAUACUGAUUUCUGACUGUAGAGUUGGUAACCCACCACAGGUUGUCCGGUAAGAACCAGGCAGAUAUUAUAAACAGGGUUUGUCACCACCAACCAACGCAUUCCAUACACAACUUUGUGUGAGUUGAGUGAAGUGUGGUUUCUGUAAAGAGAAAGGGCACUAUUAAAAGGGUAAAUAGGCCAGUAAAUGUACAGAUAUGCAUAUAGAGCUCGUCAGCUUGUAGUCCUAAAAAAGGAAAUUAGUUAGCAUUUUCUACCUCUGGUUCGUUGGCCAUUCCUAUGGGGGAAAUAAUGAGGUUUUGGGAUAAAGACCAAAAAUAAGGUCUGAGGUUAACACAGUUUUAGGAGAUCUUAUACGUUUUGUUCUAUGCGAUAAUAUAAGUCAGUUAACAUGACCUUUAUAAAAAUGUUAUUUAGUACGUAUGGUCUAUAUACAAAGGUAGGACGCAUGCAUGAACUUCAACAAACACUGUAGUAUAAAUAAGUUGGCACAACAAAGAAACAAUACUCACAGUUGAAUUGAGGAACACAUUAAACACUAACUUGACUAGGCCAUCUCCUACUCCUGUAGGCCCUUCCCACUGGGUACAUCAUGACAUUUCAAUGUGGAAAUGUGGGCAAUAUUUGGUUGAGAUGAUGAUCAAUGAGAUUUCAACCUUUAUUCACCCACUCAAAAAGACAGCCAGAAGUUUGAAUUCCCAAUGUGUUAUUACAAUGCUUUCAACCAUUUAAAAGUGUAACCAAAUUCGAAUGGAAAAACAAUGUCAGAUUUUUGGUUUAGGUGUCAUCUAAAUGUUUGUUAUCACUGCACUUUCAACCAUUUUAAAAGCACAACAAAGUUCAAAUGGGAAUGCACAACUUAAUGUGUUAUCACUGUGCUUCAUAUAAUAGCACAACCAAAUGACCUGGAUUGCAGUUGAGAUUACAUUAACAGUUGUAAAAAAACAUCAAAAAAAAAUAUGAACUGCAUACAAAGAAUACCCCAACCCAUUCCCCCCUCAGUUCCCAUCCAGGCACCUGCGAGCAGUAAUCUUUUCUGAUUGAUUGAGCGAUUCAAAGGGCUAUCAUCGUUAAGUAACAUAAUAGAUGCAAAGCAUUGAAUAUACAGUAUAAAAUCAUGCUCUUUGGAAAUAAUUUUGUAACUCUGCCCCAGGAUCAUGUAACUGCAGGGCACUCCUGAUUUAGUGAACGGUUGGGAGUUUGGGCCAAUUUCAUCGUAAAACGUUUCCUUGGUGUUAAAUACAGUCUGAACAAACUUAAAAUGUUUAAAUUGAUGGUUCGGAUUACGGGAUCCCAAGGCCAUAUUUUUCCAUAUUCUAUUCCAGUUAAAGGGUUGUUCAGAUUCAAUUAGAUUUGUGGACCAUACUUUUUUAAUGGCUAGCUCAGAAUAUGGUGCUUUCCAAAAGUUGUUUAUAUACACUAAAUGACCAAAAUUAUGUGGACACCUGCUCGUCGAACAUCUCAUUCCAAAAUCAUGGGCAUUAAUAUGGAGUUGGUCCCCUCUUUGCUGCUAUAACAUCCUCCACUCUUCUGGGAAGGCUUUCCACUAGAACAUUGCUGCGGGGACUUGCUUCCAUUCAGAAACAAGAGCAUUAGUGAGGUCGGGUGCUGAUGUUGGCUCGCAGUUGGCGUUCCAAUUCAUCCCAAAGGUGUUCGAUGGGGUUGAGGUCAGGGCUCUGUGUGCAGGCCAGUCAAGUUCUUCCACACCGAUCUUGACAAACCAUUUCUGUAUGGACCUCGCUUUGUGCACUGCGGCAUUGUCAUGAUGAACCAGGAAAGGGCCUUCCCCAAACUGUUGCCACAAAGUUGGAAGCACAGAAUCGUCUAGAAUGUCAUUGUAUGCUGUAGCGUUAAGAUUUCCCUUCACUGGAACUAAGAGGCCUAGCCCGAACCAUGAAAAACAGCCCCAGACCAUUAUUCCUCCUCCACCAAACUUUACAGUUGGCACUAUGCAUUGGGGCAGGUAGCGUUCUCCUGGCAUCCGCCAAACCCAGAUUAAUCGGUCGGACUGCCAGAUGGUGAAGCGUGAUUCAUCACUCCAGAGAACGCGUUUCCACUGCUCCAGAGUUCAAUGGCGGCGAGCUUUACACCACCAGCCGACGCUUGGCAUUGCUCAUGGUGAUCUUAGGCUUGUGUGCGGCUGCUCAGCCAUGGAAACCUAUUUCAUGAAGCUCCCGACGAACAGUUAUUGUGCUGACAUUGCUUCCAGAGGCAGUUUGGAACUUGGUAGUGAGUGUUGCAACCAAGGACAGACGAUUUUUAUGCGCUUCAGCACUCAGCGGGCCCGUUCUGUGAGGUUGUGUGGCCUACCACUUCGCGGAUGAGCCGUUGCUGCGCCUAGACGUCACUGAGCUCUUCAGUAAGGCCAUUCUACUGCCAGUAUUUGUCUAUGGAGAUUGCAUGGCUGUGUGCUCGAUUUUAUACACCUGUCAGCAACGGGUGUGGCUGAAAUAGCCGAAUUCACUAAUUUGAAGGGGUGUCCACAUACUUUUGUGUAAUAUAGUGUAUUAUAGAGAUCAGUCCUUUCGGGAGCCCAGAUAAUAGAGGUCUUCACGGAUCCACCUGUACCCGAAUACCGAUACGGGACCGAGAGGUCCGGAUCCAGAAUUCUAAAUAAUGUCACCGGUCUGGGUCAGAUCUGAUAUGAUUUUCACGGGUCUCGGGUAUGUGUAAUUUUAACUGGCUAGUUCGGACGAGCCCUUACAGACCCGAACGAGACUGCGCAGUAGAGCGAGAUAGAGAGACAUUUUAUCAUUUAUGCUGCUGCUCUUGCUUUGAACAAGCAUAGCAAGUGUAGGUUGUUGUUGGCCAAUCAUAAAUCAUUAAAGCGGCAAUUGGCUACUGUCAUAGAGCCUCCGUGUGUGGCAAAAGUUAGGAGAUAUCUAAUCAAUGGAAGAUGGAAUUAAAAUGACAGAAAUUAAAGGAAAAGGAUAAGCUACAUCGAUCAAUAGCCAACAGAUAGGCUGCUACUUAAUAUUUCUGAAUGGAGUUAUUUGUAACUGUAGGAUGACAAAGCGCAUGCACUGCGACCUCAAUUAGCCUAGUUAGCUAACGUUAGCUAGCUUAACUAGCGUCUCCCGGUUUGAUGCAGUCAAAUAAUGUACUACGUAAUCAUAUUUGAUGAUACAUUAAAUAACCCAGCUAUGGCAGCUAUUAGUCUACUAUAGCGCGAGUCGGCUUGGUUGCUGUCUCUCGUCUCCCCCUACCUACUCCUCCUCACUGCUCUCUGUGUCACUCGCUCACAGUACGGUCCCUCCACCUGCUAGAGCGGCACCUCUCUCCCUCCUCUCGUGCUUUGUCAGCCCCGGUUAAUAAAGUAGUUUAAAAUAUUACUUUUCUGCUGUUUCUCUCACUCGGACCGGGUCUGGAUCUGACCAGGUCUAUACGGAACGGGUCUAGUUGUCUUCAGGUCCGUUCGGAACGGGUCUCUAUAUUUAAAACAUGUAUUUAUGCAUAUCGGGGGCCGGGUGGGAAAGCCCCAGGUCCAUUUUGGAACGGGUCCAACUUUUUGGGCCUGUGAAGACCUUUACCUCCAACGUCUUGUUAAUUUUUUCCGGGACGUUUACCUUGCCAUACAUAUUUUGAAACCCACUAUGAAUUUUAUCCCAAUAGACAGAAGGGGGUGCCAUGGGAAGCAUUGAACUACAGAAAUUCAGCCAUUGCAAUAUAUUCAUUUUGACGUUGACAAUAGAUAUUCUUCCGGUUAAAGCAACUGGGAUAUUAUUCCAUCUUCUGAGGUCGGAAUGAAUUGAUUUGAGCGUUCUGUUAAAGUUUCUGGUAAUGGUUUUAUCUAAGGAAGGAAAUAUAUCUACUCCCAAAUAUUUAAAAUAGGAAAUGAUUGGGAUUCCAUAAGUAGAGAUCAGUGGAGGCUCCUCAGAAGAGGAAGGGGAGGACUAUCCACCUCAGUGAAUUUCAUAAAAAUUAAAAUAGUAAAACAUUAAAAAAGUUAUAAUUUUUAGAUAAAACUAUUCUAAAUAUAAUCACGUCACUAAAUAAUUGAUUAAUACACUGUUUUGCAAAUAAGGUCUACAGUAGCCUCAACAGCACUCUGUAGGGUAGCACCAUGGUGUAGCCGGAGGACAGCUAGCUUCCGUCCUCCUCUGGGUACAUUGACUUCAAUACAAAACCUAGGAGGCUCAUAGUUCUCACACCAUUCCAUAGACUUGCACAGUAAUUAUGACAACUUCUGGAGGAUGUCCUCCAGCCUAUCAGAGCUCUUGCAGCAUGAACUGACAUGUUGUCCAUCCAAUCAAAGGAUCAGAGAAUGAAUCUAGUACUGAAAGCAGAAGCUACAGCUAGCUAGCACUGCAGUGUAUAAAAUGUGGUGAGUAGACUCAAAGAGAGACAAAGACAAUAGUUGAACAGUUUUGAACAAAUUAAUUUCUUCCAAAAUAGAAGGAGAAGCAAGAGAGAAAUAGAGAGAGAGAUGUCCUCUUUUAUUUUUUCACUUUGUUUCACUUACUUAGCUAGCAAAUGCAGCUAGCUAGUUUAGCUUACUUAAACAUCCUGCUCAAACAGAGGGAUGCUAUGUUAGCUAGCUGGCUAUGACUUUCCAACACAACACUGGAACUCUUCUAUGUCAAUGUAAGCUUUUGGUAUUACUAAUUUAUUGCCACCGGGGCCCGCCGUGUAACUGCUUACUGACUGUACACUAACGUUACUGCAUGAUUGUAGCGGGUUUACUAACGCGUUAGUUCUAUAAGCUAUGCUGACUAUGACGUUACUUUAGCUAAUAUAGUGACAACGAUGUCGGCUGUGUGUAGCAGUUUGGCUUGGAAAGGUUUUUUCGCCUGGUCACAUACAGCCGAUGUGUUGUGUAUUGAUGAAGUCCACAAGCGAAGGGAAGAGGUGAGCGGAGGAGAGAGCAUAGAUGCAAGAAGGAAUACAAUGUGGCUGCAACUGAUGGACUAAUGAUUACACCCUAUAUCAGCUAGAUGCAGGCAAGAGUGUGCAAGGCGGUAUUGAAGGUCACCUCAAAUUUGUCUCUCGACCUACGUUGUAAACUUUUAUUCAUAGGCUAGGUUGUAGCAACCUCAUGAUGGGUAUAUGGAAAAUUUGAGUAUCAUGUUGUAGCCUAAACCUAUCGCUGUUACAUUGAACUGGGUGAAUGGAAUAUGAAUGAGAGUUAUCCAAUAUGCUGUAUUUGUAUUUAUUAUGGAUCCCCAUUAGCUUAUCUUCCUGGGGUCCAGCUAAAUUAAGGCAGUUAUACAUUUUAGAAACAUUACAAUACAUUCAUAACAGAUUUCACAACAUGUUAAGUGCGUGCCCUCAGGCCUUCUACUCUACUACCACAUAUCUAUAACCCAAAAUCCAUGUGUACAUGUGUAUAGUGCAUAUGUUAUCGUGUGUUCGUAUGCAUGUGUCUAUGUUUGUGUUGCUUCACAGUCCCCGCUGUUCCAUAAGGUGCAUUUUUCUGUUUUUAUUUAAUUUAAUUUUACUGCUGGCAUGAGUUACUUGAUGUGGAAUAGAGUUCCAUGUAGUCAUGGCUCUAUGUAGUACUGUGCGCCUCCCAUAGUCUGUUCUUGACAUGGCGACUGUGAAGAGACCUCUAGUGGCAUGUCUUGUGGGGUAUGCGUCAGUGUCCGAGCUGUGUGCCAGUAGUUCAAACAGACAUGCAUUCAACAUGUCAAUACCUCUCACAAAUACAAGUAGUGAAGAAGUCAAUCUCUCCUCCGCUUUGAGCCAGGAUAGAUUGACAUUCAUAUUAUUAAUGUUAGCGCUCUGUGUACAUCCAAGGGCCAGCCGUGCUGCCCUGUUCUGAGCCAAUUGCAAUUUUCCUAUGUCCCUCUUUGUGGCACCUGACCACACGACUGAACAGUAGUCCAGGUGCGACAAAACUAGGGCCUGUAGGACCUUCCUUUUUGAUAGUGCUGUUAAGAAUGCAGAGCAGCGCUUUAUUAUAGACAGACUUUUCCCCAUCCUAGCUACUGUUGUAUCAAUAUGUUUUGACCAUGACAGUUUACAAUCCAGGGUUACUCCAAGCAAUUUAGUCUCCUCAACUUGCUCAAUUUCCACAUUAUUCAUUACUAUAUUUAGUUGAGGUUUAGGGUUUAGUAAAGUGAUUUGUCCCAAAUACAAUGCUUUUAGUUUUUAAAAUAUUUAGGACUAACUUAUUCCCUGUAAUAGAAAUAAGGCCAUGCUCAUGAAAAAAAAAACGGCACUGACCGGCACUGGUAGAGAUCGAGUCUUCGAUCGGGUCUUGAGAGGCAGUAGUGCUGAUUUGGUUAGAUAAAUUCAGCUUCAUUUCAAGCUAUAAAAUUAAUCUAUGGUCAUCAAUGCGUUUGUGAGCGAUUGAGAUGCAUUGUCUAGAUAUAGUAAAAUAUCAUCCACGUAUAAUGAGAUGAAGUGAUCAGUAGAUUUGAUGGAAAUUGGUGUUAUUUCCUUUGAUUGACGAAUUGCCUCAGCCAGGGGUUCCAUGGAUAAUAAGAAUAGUAAAGGCAAGAUUGGAUCGCCUUGUCUGCUGCUUCUAGUGAUUCUGAAAGGAGCAGAGCAGAUAUUGCCUGGUAUAACUAUGGCUGAGGGAUUGGCAUAUAGUAUUUUAAUAAUAUUCAUGAAAUUGGCGCCAAUCCCCAUAUGUUCCAAGACAGACCAGAGAUAUGCAGCUUGUUCUGCAUCGAGAGAUAAUGCAGCCCAAGGACCUGUUGUUUCUGAUGAAGCAUCUAAGAUAUGUAAUAGUCGACGGAGGUUAUCAGAGGAUAAGCACUUUUUAACAAACCCACUUUGGUUCGUGUGGACCAAUUUUGUUAAGUAAGUCUCGAGACGGGACGACAAUGUUGUGGAAAUACACCACUAAGGACUCAAAUCAUAGUAAAUUAAGCAAUCUUUAUUAUCACGGCCGGAGAGGUUCACAAACUCAAUACAAGCCUGAUUAAACUCCAAAGGGGAGGUUCUCUUUCAGUCCUUUUAUACUGCUACACAAACAAGUCAUAUAAUCAUGGUUGGUUCCCGCAUGUAACUGACUGAUACCACACCAGGCUUCUUACCUUGAAACUGAGAUAUUGUAUCACUCCUUUUAGUUCCUUUUAGUACCUUUUUUCUAAUAAAAGCUAAAUUAGUGCUGUAUUCACAUCUCUCCUAAAUGAACCUUUGUAAAUUGCAGCUGUAUUAAUCAUUUUGAGCAAUAGUGGACCUAAUUGAUUCCAACAUUUUAAAGAAUCUUAAUCCUAUUCAUUAACUUUUAUUUGUCGACAAGUUAAUAUGCUAUUUACUGUAUUGCAAAAGUGUAAUUGAUUUGUGUUUGGUUGUCAACGCAACCAAAUAACAUAUGAAGGAGAUGUAUAUUUUGUGCUACUGACUUAGUCUGGCUUUAAUUCCAGUUUGUCUACAAAUUAAUAAUUGAUAUGUUGGAUUCACGUCUCCAUCUCAACCAAAAACCAAAGUUAAAGAACAGGACUAAAUCUAAUCUAAUCAAACUUUAAAUGCCCUUUAAAUAAAGUUUGAUUUGAUUUAGUCCUAUUCUUUAACUUAGAUUUUUGGUUGAGAUGUUGAUGUGAAUCCAACAUAUUCAUGAUUAACUUGAAGAUUAAAUUUGAAAUCAACCAAAGAUUGAAACCCUAGGCCUAUGUAUUGUCUAUUUUUAGCUGAACCCUGGGUUGACUUGAAACAAUAGCUGUUGAUGACUUUGCAAAUGCUAUAUAUGCCUAAAUAGCAUCAUUGAUGAUGUAUGACUUAUAAAAAAUGUAUGGUUGCAUUUCAUUUGCUGUUAAACCUCUACCCUUUGGAAUGACUUCGAUAGCAACAGUGAAUAUACAGUAUUUAGUUAUUAAGAGAUCUCUCAAUAAUCAGUCUCACUGAUGGCACAUUGGUAGUAGUCAGUUACAAAUAUAAAAGCUAAGCAGGGCUUGGUUAAAACCCUGGAUGGGAGACCAAAUGAAUAGCUGUAUAUCAACUCUCCAGUAGGAGGUGCUGCCCAGCCUAUUGUUUUUUAAUUUUUUCUAAUGGUGGAUAUAACGUUGAAGAUCUGACGUUGUUUCAAAGGUACAAAUUAAACAUUUUAUACAACGUUUGUCUAUGUUGAAAAUUGGUAUCAUAAUUCUGUGGUUGAAACUUCACCCUCAAAACAACAGUUUGUUGAUUACUUUUUUCAAAUCCAAUGUAUUUUCCAUGUAGAUUCCUUGUCACAAUACGUUGGCAAAUUACGUUGAAACAAUGUUGAUUCAACCAGUUUGUGCCCAGUUAGUUUUUUCCCCUCUUUUUUGGAAACUCACCUGACACCCAAGGGGAGAGCACCAGGGAGGUGAUUGUCCAGAAUUCAGGAGCAGAUAUUGGCUGUGCAGGGCAUUUUUUACACUAUUUGUUUGCGCCUUUUAUUUUUGGUACCUGUAAAGAGCAUUCUGUACAUGUAUUCUAUUGUUUACCUCACCAUCUAGUGGCUUGAUGCGGAAACCGCACCCUCAGACAACCAGGUGUGUUACAAUUAUUCUAGCCUUGAUAGACUGCCUGUUGAAAUAAUAUAAGCAAGGUUUCCACCCCACUUCAACCAAUCCAUCAGUUGUCAAAUUGGUAAUUAAUUACGGAAGACUGAUUUUUCAAGUAUUCCAACAGACUUUAAGACCACAUGAAAGUCAAUACAUGUUGGAGACCUUUCUCUCUUAUAGUGUGUGAAGAGCAGGCUGUGUGUGUCUUUCAGGGUGUGGAGGUUAUGCUGAUAACAAGGUGGGAGCAGUGUCACCCACGGGCCAUGGUGAAGCCAUCAUGAAGGUGACUCUGGCUAGACUCAUCCUGUUCCACAUGGAGCAAGGUAACACACACACGAUUUAUAAAGACAGAUUGAUUGAUAAACUGAUUAUAAACAUUCAAUCCUCAGUAACUCCAUCCAUUUAUUCCCUCAUCCAUGCAUGAAUCCAUCCAUCCUCCCUCCCUGGUGUGUGUGUCCCCUGCAGGGCGCAGUGCAGAGGCAGCAGCAGAUGAGGCCCUGGCCUAUAUGAAGGAGAGGGUGGGGGGUCUGGGGGGAGUGGUUGUGGUGGACCCCCAGGGUGGAUGGUCCGUUCGUUUCAGCAGCCUGCAGAUGGCCUGGGCUGCAGCCCAGCAACAAACACUCCACUAUGGCCUGUACACUGGAGAACACUUCACACAGAACAUAGACAACCCCUACUAACAUACACUCCACUUCCACUAAUGUGUUGAGAGAGACUAGAAGAUCCCUACUAACACACUCAGGUAAACAAUCUAUAGAAAGCACUGAAUUGAAAUUUACCAUAACUGUGUUUUUAGCAAUCAGUACUAUUUCAAUAUUUUCUAAUCCUCAGAUCAAUGCUCAUAUCUAGAGCCAGUAUUUGGAAAGUGUUGAUCAACUACCAAAUGUAAAUAUUAAGGAAUAAAGCGUGUUUUAAAAACAAACAUA